CAUGCAGACGUCUAUGCGAGGAUGAAGUAAUACCUUGUUUAUCCGUUUAGUAAACUCAUUACAUUACAAGUAUUUGGUAGAGAAAUCGUUCUAUUCUAAGACGAUGACUUCAAUGGAAUCGGAUGCGUCCGAUAGUGCCUUGCUUUACCUAAUUUAUCAGCAUUUAAAGGAGAACGGUUAUCAGAAAGCUGCAAAAGGACUGAAGAAGCAUGUUGCUCAGUCGGAGAGCCCAGAUGAGUUCCUCUCUCUACACGAUAUCUACUCAGCCUGGACCAAGAUCUCAGCACUAGGCCAGGUAGCUAAGCAAGAGGCCGAGGUGGACUCCACCACGCUGAAGAAGGGCAUCAAGGCCGACCCCUCCCCCACCACAGAAGAAGACAACCUGUGUCUGCAGCAGACCAAAGAAGAAGAGUUAGAUGCCAAACCAGUUACAGAUCUCCUGCCCCCCCCUGCUGAGCAGCCCAGCGCCACUGACACCCCCCUGAAGACGGCACCCCCAGAGGAGGAAGAGGAGGAAGAGGAAGAAGAGGAGGUGAAGGAGGAGGGGGAGAAAGCAGCCAUUCAGGACACAGAAGCAGACAAGACAGAGCCUGGCCCCGCCCUCGCCACUACCCCUGACAAACCAGCACAUAAUUCCGAUGGAGACAGCGAAUCAGAGAGCGAGGAGGAGCUUCCGCUAACCCAGGCGGCAGCUGUGACCCCAGCUGUCCCCAGCCCAGCAUCCACUGCCCCAGCCUCUAAACCUGCCCCAGCCUCUAAACCUGCCCCGAAUUCAGACAGUGAGAGUGAGUCAGAGAGUGAAGAAGACAUUCCUCCACCACAGAAAACACCAGCCAAAGCGCCCCCUCCUGCCUCAGCUCCCACCCAGAAGGAGAGCAGCUCAGACUCCUCUGAGGACGAGGCCCCCCCCAAGAAGACCCCGGCCACCCCCAUCCUGGCCAAGGCUCAGCUCAAGGCCCCUGCUUCAGCCAAGAAGGCCUCCAGCUCCAGUGACGAGAGUGAGGAGGACGAACCAGUCAAGAACCCAGAGUCAACCUCAGAACCCCCCAAGGUCGCCACGGAAACCGCUGCCUCUGAGACACCUGUCAGCGACACCCAGGCCCCUCCCCCUGCAGGCCAGGAGAAAGACGCAGAGGAAGAGGACAGUCCAGAAGAGACGGAAGAAGCUGCUCUGGCCCCACCCACACCGGAGGAACCCAAGGAUGAUGAUGCUGAAGCCCCUCCCCCAGAGGCUCCUGUACAGGAAGAGGAGGAGUCUCAGAGUGGAGAGACUGUAUUAGCUGGCAACCUAAAGGCCGAGGAUCAGAUAGUGACAUCGACCACUCCAGAGGACAAGAACGACACACCUGCCGCCCCCACAGCUGCUGCUGCUGUCCCAGAAGUAGAGGAGGAGGUAGCCCCGCCCUCUGACCCCGACAUGCCCCCAGCCACACCCGGCGCGGGGGGGAAGAAGAAGAGGAGCAGAGAUGCUGCUGACACCCCAGGCAAGAAGGACAAGAAGAAGAGAAAGAAAAAGGUGGAGGUGGAGGAGGAGGUGGAGGAGGAACAAUCAGCUCCUCUAGAGGGCAGUGAAGAGACAGAGGUCCAGCUGGACACCAAGGAGCCAGCAGAUGAACCAGAAGAUGGCGAAGGCGAGACUGAGGAGGCUGCCCCUGCUGGCCGGACCAUCCUGCUGCUCUCCUCCAACGCUAUAAAGAGGAGGAGGAGGAACAAAAAGAACAAGAAGACAAAGAAGGGAGAGGAGGAGGUGCAGGAGGAGGCUGCAGAAGAAAAGGAGGAAGAGGAGAGCGUUCAGACGAAGGUCACCCCAAAACAGAGCAAGAAAGCCAAGAAGAGGCAGAGGGAGUCUGUUGCCAUUGAGGAGCCCCCCGCAAAGGAACCCCCACCCCCCCAGACCCCGGAGGACCAGGAAGAGACCCCCAAGAAGAAGAAAAAGAAGAACGCAGAGAAAGAGAAGAAGAACACUGUGAAACAAACCCCGGCCCCUGUCCUAGAGAAGAAAAACAAGAAGAAGAAGAACAAGAAGAAGCUUCUUGUGGAGCCGGUGGAAGAGGAAACGCCAGAGGAGGUCAUCUUUACUCCAGCUCUUCAAGAGAAGAAGAAGAAAAAGAAGAAGAAGACGUCGGUGGCGGCUAAAGCUGAAAAAGAAAAUCAGCAGGAAGUGACCUCACCUGUCCAAGAACAGAGCAUCACACCAGAGAAAGCCAAGAAGAAGAAGAAGAACAAACAGAAGCAGGAGAAGGCGGCUCCUGUUGCUCCUCCAGCGCCCCCUGCUGGGAAGAAGAAGACCAAGAAGGCCAUCGUGUGGUGAAACUGUGGAGAGCUUUCCAGGACGUCCUAGUUCAAACUGACGGAGCUCAGGAUCUUCACAACCAUCUUACGCUCAACCCCACCAGUGCAGUGCCUUCAGCCCACCACCAGGGGGAGCCCUAUGUCUUAAGCAGGGUUCAGAUCCCACAUUUCUGGGAACAUGGCGUUGUUACGUUUUACCCUCUUUAGUUUUACAUUUUAAGUUUUAAAGAAUUUUAGAGGUGGAGCUUAUCUUGAAAUGAUAUAUUUGCUAAACUGGACAGGUGAUGAUAAUCCAAAGGGAAAUGAUGACACAUCAGUGUUGGGUCUGUUCCGGUUGAUUCUUCUGGAGUAAAUGUGACCAGCGGGAACCACAUCUUCACAUAAUGUGUUCCUCUCUACCUGCUCAGCUGAUACAGUUGAUACAGCUGUUAUCUGUGUUCUGAUGAGUUCUUUGCUGUACUUUCUCAAAGCUGUGAACCUGCUCAUGAAUUAGGAAAGGGAUUUUUGUACUCCGGUAUUUUAUCUAUGCACCUCACAGACCCUAACGUUGAGCUCCUUACUUUACUGUUUUAGUGCGCGCACAGACACACACACGAAGAGAUGGGGCUGAGUCAUUAACGACAACUUUGUUAAAUGUCUUUUUUUUGACUGCUGAAACCCUGACGUUUGUCCCAACAAUGUCUUGUCUACCUACUACAGCUGAAGUGUGACAUUUCCAACUGAUGCACUUCCAGUCUUGGCUUUGUGACUCCUCAGAGAUCACCCCUCCCCACCCCCCCAUCUCUAAUGUAUACUUUGAGUUUCAUGUUACGAACCCAUUUGUUCAUUAUCCUCCUGAAACUGAACAAUUCUCCUUUUGUCAUUUCUACUUGUUUUAUUGUGUUGAAUAAAAAUUGGUGUCAGUCUGG